AUGGAUAUCCCAGAGAAAUGCACAGUGCUCGUUAUUGGAGGUGGUCCUGGAGGAUCGUUCGCAGCAUCAGCACUGGCUCGAGAGGGUAUCGACACGGUUGUGCUCGAGGGUGAUAAGUUUCCUAGGUAUCACAUCGGUGAGAGUAUGUUGGCUUCAAUGCGCCAUCUCUUAAGAAUAGUCGAUCUCGACUCUGUCUUCGAUAACUACGGCUUUACCAAGAAGGUUAGAGCAGCUUUCAAACUUAACCCUAAAAAGCGACCUAGGUAUACCGAUUUCCUUGCCGCUGGCGGUCCUGAGAACUACGCAUGGAACGUCAUUCGUUCUGAAGCCGACCACCUGAUGUUUAAACAUGCAGCAAAUUUUGGUGCAAAGACCUUUGAUGGUGUUCAAAUUAAGGCCAUCAAAUUUGAAGACGUCCCAUAUAAAGGACCCGUAGAAUUGCCUCAUGAGUACCCUGGGCGUCCAGUUUCCGCGACGUACACGCGCAAGGAAGACGGAAUUACUAGUGAGAUCAAAUUCGACUUCGUUGUCGACGCCAGCGGUCGUGUGGGCUUGCUCAGCACCAAAUACUUGAAAAACCGCCGAUACAACCAAGGUCUAAAGAAUGUAGCCAAUUGGGGUUACUGGAAAGGCUGUGGAACUUACGGAGAGGGGACACCAAGAGCAAACUCUCCGUUCUUCGAAGCCCUGCAAGAUGAAAGUGGCUGGGCAUGGGCUAUUCCCCUUCACAAUGGUACGACAUCGGUUGGAAUUGUGAUGAACCAACAAAUGUCAACCGAUCGUAAAGUUCAAUUUGGUUCUCCAGAUUUAAAAACUUUCUACCUGAACUGUCUCAAGCAACUGGCUCCUGAUAUCACAGAGCUCUUGGGAGAGGGUGAGCUGACCUCCAACAUCAAAGCCGCAUCAGAUUACUCCUACAGUGCUUCUGGAUACGCUAUUCCAGGUGCCCGAAUUGUUGGCGAUGCUGGCUGUUUCAUUGACCCAUACUUCUCUUCUGGAGUUCACUUGGCUCUUGUGGGUGGUCUUUCUGCCGCAACUACGAUCUCAGCAUCCAUCAAGGGACAGUGUACUGAAGAGGCUGCUGCAGACUGGCAUUCCAAGAAAAUCGCAGACAGUUAUACUAGAUUCCUACUGGUUGUUCUGAUCAUCCAAGGCACUGCGGACGUCAGCAACAAACUGACGCAAGACGAACUUAACGAGACACUUGAGUUCUGCAGUAACGCAUUUAACCCUGUGACUCCUGAGGAUCGCAAUAGUGCCCUAGAGAAGAUGGGCAAGGAUGUUACUAGCAAAGGAUUUCAAGUCGACCUAUCUCCCGAAGAACAAAAAGUGGUUGGCCACAUCCGUGCACGACAGAUGAUGCGCACUGAAGACACAAUCAAUAUCUCUAGCUUUGGGACGGACUCUAUCAACGGAAUGGUGCCCAGCUUGCAAAGAGGGAGUUUUGGCCUCGUUAAAUCUGCCGCUUAA